AUGUUUGAUCAAUGGGAAUUUUUACAUUCAGAAAAUGAGGAUUUAGUGAACUCUUUGCAGCCAUUGAACGCGUCUGAAUCUUCGAAACCCACAGUGGAAAAUCUGUCGCCUAUAAAAAGCUUAGGAUCUCCGAUAUUUGAUUCCAGUUCUUCCUUAAGACGAUGUAACUCUUUGAAAUCGCAUACUCCAAAGUGUAAGCUGGGCGCUGAGGUAAGGCUAGAGGAUAAACAAAGAGUCGUGAGCUGGAUAAAACAAGAUGGAGAAAGCGAAAUUUUAGAACGAGCGGAAAUCCGCAUGCGCGAGCUUCAAGCCUAUUCAGCAUUCGCGGAUGGACUUUCGCAGCAGACAAAUGAAAUUAAGCAGUCUUUGUCAUCUAUAAAGACUAGCUUUUCAAUUUCAGAAUCAAAAUUGAACGAGUUUUCUCAGACAUGUGACACGCUGGCAACUGAAGAAGAAGCAUUCGCAAGACUUGCUAAUGAUAUCGAUCGAGGGUUAUCUUAUUUUGCUCCAUUAAAGGAAUUGAUUCGUGUUUUCCGUCACCCGCCGUCAGACUUGGUAUCAAGAAGUUCCUUUCGGAAUUAUAUUUUGCAGAUAAACAGAUGUAUCCACUUCUUGGAAGAAAAUUUGGAUUUUCAAGAGAGCGAGGUCUAUUUAUCUCAAUAUAAACGGCUUUUAGCUCAAGGAUUUACAAUGUUUAAAAAUCAUUUCUUCCGUCUUAUUAAAGUAGCAUCUGACCAAGUUAUACAGAGCGCAAAGACCAUGCAAACAGACAAACAAUUCGAAAGCUCUUUGUUCUAUUCUCGUUUUAGCGCGAUUGCGUUUCAGCUUCGACCACUGCUCAUAGAAUUUAAGAAGAGUAUUUCUGAACAAACGUUUAAUCUCACUGCGUUUUAUGACUUUUAUUUACAGACCCGUAUGCGCUUACUUCAGCCUGUUCUUAGUAGUCAGAUAAGGAGUUUCUUCUUGGAAAAAUCAAUUACUUCGUUUAUCCAAAAAUCACUAGCUAUCCUACAGCUUACUUUCUUUGACGAAAGCAGACUUUUUAAUGAAUUCUUUGAUGAAACAAAUGAAAAGUUUACAGAAUACUGGCAAAAUAUAUGUGAAACCUUUUACGAAGGUUCCAGAUCGAUGAUUUUACGUGAGAAAAAUUUGACAGAUUUAUGUGAAGUUUGCUCCUACAUACGGUCUUUCCAAAAUUCGAUAGCGGAAGGAGAUAGAGAGGAAAUAGGCAAAGAGCUCGCGACACAUCUAAGCCCAGUAGUAUCUGAACUUCAAAAUCGAGUGUUAUUUCUAGUACAAGCAGCUAUUGAUUCAGAUAUUCAAAAUUAUACACCGAACGAUGAUGAUCUCUUCCCCAAUAUAAACAAAGGGACACAAUUAUUCAAUUUGGAAAAUUUGGGUUUGAAUGAUGUCGAAGAGAAAGUGAACGUAAAUGUACCAGAGAGACUUGCUAUGGCACAAGGAUGGUACCCUGUUGUUCAAAAGUCUUUGAUUAUUUUGUCCAAAAUAUAUCGUCUCCUUGAUUCGAAUGUCUUUGACGAUAUAGCGCUCGAAAUCAUACAUGCUUGCAUCGGGUCAUUAAUGGAAGCCUACAAGUACUAUAGCAAUAAAAACGAUCCACAGAUUGCCAGGCUUUUUUUGAUAAAGAACUUUUUGGUUUUGAAAGAGCAAUUAAGCUCAUUUGAAAUUCAAUACGCACAUAUUCAGGCAGGUGUCGACUUUAAGAGAAUUUGGGAUCGCGUGCGUGAAUGGCGUUCUAACCUUCGAGGCAUUCUUCAACUGGCGUAUGAAACAUUUCCUAAAUUUAUAAACAAUAUGGUGGAUACCCGACAAGAGUUGAACGAAUACUUGCGUUUUGCAGUAAAUGGAUAUGUCGAGGCAGCGGUUGAGUCUUUUACAAACGCCUUGAAAGCACAUGACCCAAACAGCGUGGGUGAACUUAUGCAUCGACUGGAUAAGGUGGAGGGCUUACAUAAGCAAAUAUCCUCUUACUUAACGGAACCUUGGAUUGAAGGGCUGCUUCUGCAAGCGGUUUAUGAGGAAAUUGUUAAACAUUUCCGAGAGUACUACAAUACGCUAUCCGUUGAAGAUUUGCAAACUUUGGAAACUACAGAAUUGAAUCGUGAAACUGAUAGAAACGUACCAAAAAGCCUGGAAGACUACCUGGAUGACAUUGCUGAACCUUUUCAACAUUUAAACGAAUCUGUAUCUAAUGACAAGGCUUCUACUUAA